CCAGCAGCGGCCAUGUUGGAAAUGGACGACAGCUCGUCCCAUCGCUCGUACAGAAGGAUAUUACGUGAUGGACUGUAGGCAGUUAGAAAGUAAGGACAAUGCCCACCACUUGUGCUGCAGUUGGGUGUUCUAACAAUUCUAAAAGAGACAGUAACGUUACGUUUCAUAGAUUUCCUUCAAACCCUGAGAGACGAAAACUAUGGCUGAGCCUCCUCAACAGAGAACAUUUCAUCCCAAGCCUGCACACAUUUUUGUGUUCCAAACAUUUUGAAGAGACAUGUUUUGACAGAACAGGUCAGACUGUCCGUUUGAGAGCCAACACUAUACCGACCAUAUUUAUCUAUCCCGACCACAUGCUGGAAAAAAUCACUCUUGUAAAGAAAGCUGCCGCUACCAAACUAGAUCAGCAGCCUCCAUCGCUGUGCCCUGCAGACAACCAAAAACAAACAACGCACUAUGAUCAUGGCUACUGCCUUCCAAGCCCUGCUGCAAUCAAGAAAAAAAUCUGGGAACUUGAAAAGAAACUAGAACUUGCUCACAAGAAAAUUAAAAUAUAUCAGCAAAGGGAACGCAGAGUAAAGGGAAAUGUUUGUUAGAAG